UUAUAAGAUAUUCAUAUUCAAUUUUCCCCCUUCUUGCAUGUAGGGCUUGCCGGUUUUCCUUAUACUGAAACCAACAUUACACUUUGUGAUAAUCUUCAUCACAUUCUCACUAAUCCAUAAUUUACUAUAUUGCCUUAAUAUAAUCAAACUUUUCCUUCAUCCGUUAAUUCACAUCAACCGUUGCCUCCACCGGAACCCUCGCUCUCCCACAUGUCCACCGCCAAAUCACGCAACUUCCGCCGCCGUGGCGGCGGUGACACCGAAGCCAACGACGAAGACGGCGAUACCUCCACCCUCUCGUCCAGACCCCCUUCGUCCGCCAAACCCAAGAAGCCUCAAGUCCCCAAACUCCUCAGCUUCGCCGACGACGAAGAUAACGAAAACCCUCGUCCACGAUCCGCAAAACCUCAACGUUCCACGAAACCCUCUUCCGCUCACAAAAUCACCACUCAUAAAGACCGAAUAGCGUCUUCUUCCCCUUCGGUUCCUUCCAAUGUUCAACCCCAAGCUGGAACCUACACAAAAGAAACCCUUCGCGAGCUUCAGAAGAACACCCGAACCUUGGUCACCAGCAGCAGCUCCUCUCGGCCCGAGCCCAAACCCCCCGCCGAACCUGUCAUCGUCAUCAAGGGCCUCGUCAAACCAGUAGCUUCGGAGCCCCAGGGUCGGGAAUCGGACUCCGAGGGGGAUCACAAAGAGGUUGAAGGCAAAUUGGGUGGCUUAGGCCUUCAUAAUGGGAAGGACUCGUUCUUCCCCGAUGAAGAAAUGAUCAAGGCUAUUCGGGCGAAGCGGGAGCGCCUCCGGCAGGCGCGCCCUGCUGCACCGGAUUAUAUCUCGUUGGAUGGAGGCAGCAAUCAUGGUGCUGCUGAGGGGCUGAGUGAUGAGGAGCCGGAGUUUCGGGGCCGGAUUGCAAUUUUGGGUGACAAGGUUGAAGGUGGGAAGAAGGGGGUUUUUGAGGAGGUGGAGGAGAGGAGAGUGGGUGUGAGGUUUAAGGAGGAAGAGGAGGAUGAUGAGGAGGAGGAGAAGAUGUGGGAAGAAGAACAGUUCAGGAAAGGGUUGGGGAAGAGAAUGGAUGAAGGGUCUGCUAGAGUUGAUGUUCCUGUUGGGCAAAGUGCUCAACAGCACAAGUAUGUUGUUCCCUCUGCAGCAACUGUGUAUGGUUCUGUUCCAAAUGCCGCUGCAUUAGUGAGUCCUGGCAUCGGAGGAGCAAUUGAAUCGAUGCCGGCUUUGGAUGUCUUGUCCAUAUCGCAGCAAGCCGAGAGUGCGAGGAAAGCCUUGGUCGAGAAUGUGAGGAAGCUUAAGGAUUCUCAUGGAAGAACUAUGUCAUCAUUGAGUAAAACUGAUGAAAAUUUGUCUGCCUCACUUUUGAACAUUACUGCACUUGAAAAUUCAUUAGUAGUAGCUGAUGAGAAGUACAGGUUUAUGCAAAAACUCCGAAGUUAUGUCACAAAUAUAUGUGACUUUUUACAGCACAAAGCUUUUUACAUUGAAGAACUUGAAGAGCAGAUGAAGAAACUUCACGAAGAUCGUGCAUCAACCAUUUUCGAAAGAAGAACCGCUAACAAUGAUGAUGAAAUUAUGGAGGUAGAAGCAGCUGUAAAAGCUGCAAUGUCAGUAUUUAACAAGAAAGGUAAUAUAGAAGCUGCCAAAUUUGCUGCUCAGGAAGCAUAUACUGCUUUAAGAAAACAAAAAGAUCUGCCAGUUAAAUUAGAUGAAUUUGGUAGAGAUUUGAAUCUUGAGAAACGGAUGCAAAUGAAAAUAAGGGCUGAGGCUAGUCAACGGAAGAGGUCACAAGUAUUUGAUUCUAAUAAGCUGACACCAAUGGAAUUGGAUAGUCAUAAAAUAGAGGGUGAGUCAAGUACUGACGAGAGUGAUAGUGAGAGCCAAGCAUAUGAGUCACAACGUGAUUUGGUGCUGCAGGCUGCUGAUGAGAUUUUUGGUGAUGCUUCUGAGGAAUAUGGUCAAUUAUCUUUGGUCAAAGAAAGAAUGGAAGAAUGGAAAAGAGAGUAUUCAUCAAGCUAUAAAGAUGCUUAUAUGUCAUUGAGUCUUCCACUGGUCUUCUCUCCAUAUGUGAGAUUAGAACUUCUGAGGUGGGACCCACUUCACAAGGGCAUAGAUUUUUCAGAGAUGAAAUGGUAUAAAUUAUUGUUGAAUUAUGGUUUGCCUGAAGAUAGAAAAAAUUUUGUUCAUGAUGAUGGAGAUGCUGACCUUGAACUAGUUCCAAACUUGGUGGAAAAGGUUGCGCUUCCUCUUCUGCACUAUGAAAUUUCCCAUUGCUGGGACAUGCUUAGUCAUCAGGAAACAAAGAAUGCGAUUGCUGCAACAAAAUUGAUUGUGGAUCAUGUGUCUCAUGAAAGUGAAGCUCUUACUGGUUUACUAGUUUCCAUACGAACACGCCUGGCUGAUGCUGUUGCUAAUCUUACGGUCCCCACAUGGAGCCCUCUGGUAUUAGUUGCUGUUCCAGAUGCUGCACGAGUUGCCGCAUAUAGGUUUGGUGUGUCUGUUCGAUUGUUGAGAAACAUUUGCUUGUGGAAUGAUGUAUUUUCAAUGUCAGUGUUAGAAAAGCUUGCUCUAGAUGAGCUUUUGUUUGGUAAAGUUCUUCCUCACUUAAGAAUCAUAUCAGAAAAUGUUCAAGAUGCGAUAACAAGAACGGAACGGGUUAUUGCUUCCCUCUCUGGGGUCUGGACUGGCCAAAGUGUCAUCGGAGACAGAAAACACAAAUUGCAGCCCCUGCUGACUUAUGUGCUGUCACUUGGAAGGAUUCUGGAGAGAAGAAAUGUACCAGAGAGUGACACAAGUUAUCUUGCUCGCCGAUUAAAGAAAAUACUUGUUGACCUCAAUGAAUAUGAUCAUGCUAGGACCAUGGCUAGAACCUUCCAUCUCAAGGAGGCAUUAUGAGCUCACUGGGAAACAGGAAUUCAUGUUCAUUAUACUUGUUCUCAAUUUGUCGUUGAAUCAGGCCCUAAGUUAACCCUUCUCAGGUGCAAUUAUGGAACGAAUGCGACAUAUUCACGUGAUUAUGAUGCUUGAAAUUUUAACCUUUUUGAUGAUUGUUCAUGUGAAUGAACACACACAGGCAUGCCCUUUUGAGAUCCUGUUAAAAAGAAAAAUUUUCAAAUAGAGAGUUUUGUUUUUAGUUUUUCUUUAAGGAGGAGAGUUAAAUACGGUUAGAGAGUUCAUUUGUGAGCUAUAGAAAUUUUAGGUUGGGUAUGAUGCAUCAAGUGAAUUUGAGGUUUUCAUUUAUGAGUAGAGAAGUGCAUCCCUCUAGAAUUAAGUUGUAUCACCUCCAAUGUGAUACCUUUAUAGUCGAUACUGUGAUUAAAAUUUAUAGUUUUCUUAUUUUACAUAUCCAAUGAAUUUGGUAAUUUGCAGUUAUUUAUUCAA